AUGGCGUCACCAACAAAUCCGCCCGCAGACAAGUCACCAGACCCCACAAUCUACUGCCUAAUAAACUACGAAGACACCUACGUCCAGCCCCUCCUCCUCACAGCCCUCUCCACCCACCUCCCCGCCCACACCUACAAGCUAAUAACCACCCUCUCCGACCUCCCCACCCCCUCCUCCCCCCUCCUCCAAUUCCUCCAAUACGAAUCCCUCUCCUGGGACCACCUGCUCGCGCACCCCACAACCUCCCUCGCAAACGCCUACAUAAUCCGCAAAGCCCUCAUCCGCAAACACUACCUCAGCACCACGGUCGCGAACUGGUGCGUUAAGUACCCUGAGAGUGUGCUGAGGAGGCAUGUCAUGCCCAGUGUGGAGUUUGAGGUGGAUUAUGUGGAGUUUCUUGAUGAUGCGUUGGUGGAGGCUUGGGAGUUGAGGGAGAGUUGGGGGAGGAAUGAGGUGGGAGGGGGGGAGAGGGAGAGGGAGUGGUGGAUUUUGAAACCCGGGAUGAGUGAGAGGGGACAGGGGGUUCGGCUGUUUUCUAGUGAGGAGGAACUUGUGCGGAUUUUUGAGGGGUGGGAACCGGAUAGCGAUGAGGAGGAUGAGGAGGAUGCGAGGAGCGACGACGACACCAACGACAAGGACUACAAAUCCCUAUCCGACGGAAUCAUAACCUCGCAACUCCGCCACUUCAUAGCCCAGCCGUACAUCCACCCGCCUCUCCUCCUCUACCCCUCAACAUCACCCCAACAAGACCUCCGCAAAUUCCACAUAAGAACCUACAUCCUCGCCUCCGGCGCGUUGAAAAUCCACAUCUACCGCCCCAUGCUCGCCCUCUUCGCCGCAUCGCCCUACACGCCCCCAUCAACAACCACGCCCCCCGACCUAUCCGCGCACUUGACAAACACCUGCCUCCAAAACAGCACCACGCGCGCCGGCUCCGUGUCCCUGUUCUGGGACCUGCCUUCCACUCUCCCCGUCCAACCCCCAUAUACCCCCUCUAUCACCGCAAACGCGUCGUGGAAGGACGACAUAUUCUCCCAGAUCCGCAGUAUAACUAGUGAAACUUUCACCGCCGCCGCGCGCGGAAUGGGCACGCACUUCCAGCCGCUGCCUAAUGCGUUUGAGGUGUUUGGGCUGGAUUUCAUGGUCGGUGUUGAGGCGGAUGGGAGUCUGAGGGCGUGGUUGUUGGAGGUUAAUGCUUUUCCGGAUUUUGGGCAGACGGGGGAGGGGUUGAGGGGGGUGGUGGGCGGGCUUAUGGGGAGUGUUGUUGGGGUUGCUGUGGGGGGGUUUUUUGGGGUGGGUGGGGAGGGGGGAGGGGAUAUGGUGGAGGUUCUGGAUUUGGAUUUGGGGAGGCGGUGA